AUGCACGCGACUUACCUGACAUUGGCGGCCUUUGCCGUGGCUGUCGCUGCCGUUCCUGAUGUGCCAGUUCCUAGCGGAAAUCCAUUUGAAGGCGGCAGCUACCCCUUCUUGUCUGCUGGUAGUUCAGCCGUAGAGGACGGUGGCGAUGACUUCAUGCCCGCCUACGAGGCCGCAAUGCAAGCCAUGGAGAUUGUCCAGUCGGCCUCCUACAGCAAGUCUGUCUCGGCCAGCGUGGCAGCCUCUCGCCAGGCGACGUCUUCCACAAAAGCAGCACCCACCCAGGCGUUUGACAAAGUCGAAAAGCCAACCGGGGCCUCGCAAGCCUGGUCUACCAGCCAAGGCUCCGCUGUCGCCGCCGCGACACCCAGUGCAGGCUCGAGCAAAAAGAACGCCGUCGUAUACGAAUAUGCUUCCACCAUGUCUGUCUCAGCGAGUUACCCCGGACACUCCAACAUGGCUCCCAUGGUGGUCAAUGAGGUCACUGCGACUUCUGAUUACUUUUCCAAGGACCUGAUGGCUCCGACAACCAUCACCCCUGUCUUUGCGCAGAAAGCGACCUCGGUCUCGGGAAGCCAAUUGCCAAGUGGCUUCGUCACGGUUGCAUCCAUGACGACCCCAACUCCAGUGAAGCCCUCGAACAACCUUCACCAGGGUCACCUCGCUUCUGCUUCUGCUGCUCAGUCCAGUGCCCGCAAAGCGGAUUCCUCAAGCUCUGCUAGCUUGUCACCCUCGGCUGUUGCUUCAGACGCCACCAGCAUGCUUGGCAAGAUCCCCGUCCUGGGUUCUCUCUUUGGUAACCUCGGUAUCUAA